UUGUUUUUGAGUUAGCAUUUCAAGUUUUGAAUUCAAUACUGGCUUGUGAAGCAAACAAAGGGUUAGCUUUGACCACAUGUUGUUGUGAAUUGAUUUAUAAAGUUAAAAAUCAUUCUUUCUCUGUUGUAACGAUCCAUCAAAAGUUUGUUUAAAAUGAGUAAAAACAAUGAUAACUCGAGUAAAAUUACUAUCAAAGUGAAACUAAUGGAUGAGGAUUACCAAGAUAUUACAAUUGAUUGGUCAGAUGAAAGCUGUGAAAAUAAACAACAACUAUUCAACCGAAAGAUUGCAUCCUUUAUUGGUUUACCAGUCGAGUACAUACGUUGGGUUUUCAUAUUCACCCAAACUCAAAACGUUUUCGUUUCCAAUCGAGACUAUUUAUUUCGACAAUAUUUCAAUACUAUUACAGAGCACGGGAAUGAAACUUUGAGUCAAAGUCUAAAUGAUGGCGACCGUUUCUUUCUUAUUGCUGGUUUUGGUUUAAUAGAUCAUGAAUGUUGCUUCGAUUUUCAAAUUUCACUUUAUAAUGCAGAAAUGGAAGGUAUUAAUGCUAUACAAUGUGAUAGACUCAUUUGUCAUCACAUAAGUACCAGACUUUGGCUGAAUAAAAGAAAAAAAAUCAUACUAUAUACUGAAUUAAUGGCAAAAAUCAGAGCUGGAUUUCCUGAACAAAGAUAUUUAGAUGAUAGCGAUGAAUGGGCGAAAACUUUAGUUAACUUCAAUAUUAGACAAUAUUAUAGUCCAUGUUGUCAUUUGAGGAUGGGGAUAUUUCCACAGAAGCAUCUUUAUUUACGGCAUCGGGGUUAAUACCACCUGAUAUUUAUGAAUUGAUUUUUUUUGUCUUGAAACUUAUUUCAUGUAAAAAAAUCAAAAUCAGAUACUUU